UAAUAGAUGGGAAAAUGGAGGAGUGCUUCCCAAGUUUCUCCUAUUACAUCAGCCCCAAUGCUGCGAAAUCUUCAGUUCCCCAGUUACCACAUAGAGGGAGCUCAUGCGUGCUGAGAAACCAGACCGUGGAAAUGCUGAAUGACUGAGCGAGAGUGUGUGUAAGGGCGAGAGAGACUGAGAGAGAGACAUACGGUGAGAGAGAAAGAGAGAGAGAGAAAGAGAAAGACGUGGUGGACGAAAUCACGUCGUAGAGGAUUAAUAAUGUGACACACUCCAGCAGCAAGAAUAUUCUUUUGGUCUGUGCAGGCAGGUUUGACAUGCGCUUUCGUUUCGGACCAACUCUGGCCAAGUCGGUGGGAACCUGGUGACCCACCGUGUGCCCCGAGGCUGCGUGACAAGUUGAGAGAGGGGUAAAAAGAAAAUAGAAAAAAAGGACUCGCAUCACUAUUUUUAAAUGAGUACAGUGAGAUUUUGGGGGGCGUGGACGGCAGAGGAGCAGCAGUGAGCAUGUUGGCUCUUGGCUGCAGUUCCAGUGUAGUGAUGUGCCGGCUGGAAGAACUGGACAACGCGUAGACUGUGGCGGUUGGAUACGAAACAGUGAGGUGGCCGUCAAUCUUCGCCAAUCGACUCUGUCAUUUUGAAGCCUGUCUGGUGUUAUUUGGAUUUAUUUCUUCGAGGCGCUGCCGUUUGGCGACACAGAGCACUUUAAGGAAGGAGCGCGAGCUGCCGAAAGGUCUUGAAGGCGCAGCAGCUGCCGCUGCCGCGCGUAACAGACGAGAGCUGGUCGAGCAGCUAUUUGAAUGACAAUAGUUUGAGGCAUUUGCUUUCAUAUUUGUGUGAGGAAGCCUAAUUAUUGGAAGUGACUGCGCAUGGUAACUCGCUGUGGGCGAGUAACACUGCUGUUCAAACGAAAUUUGGGAUUUGAAGGCUGUCGCAAGUGAAACUGAAGUGAUCUUCAUUUGUAAAUAUUGACAGGUGUUACAGGCGUACGGACUGUGUCAGACUAAGCCUUUAAUUCACUUACGAAUCUGUUGUUAUGUCUUAAAACAUAGCGGGCUCACGAGGUUGGAGUGGUAGCCAAACCUGUGGUAUGGAGAAUCCAAACAUUGUUUAGUCCAGAUAUUUUAAUACUCGCAGAAAACGCACAUAGUCAGUAACAACCUUAUGAUGCGUUUGAAACGCCGAAUGGGAAAGUAACCAUCACCUUAGUGUCUUCUUCCGUCCGAGUUGUAGCCGAACUGGCAGCAGCCAAAAUGACAAGCAACGGACCUGUCAUCGUCUACGAGUGGCUGAAGACCCUCCAGCUCGCCCAGUAUGUCGAGUCCUUUGUGGAUAAUGGAUAUGACGAUCUGGAGGUUUGCAAACAAAUAGGAGACGCCGACCUGGAUGCCAUCGGCGUCUAUAUCCCUCACCACAGACAGAGGAUUCACGACGCGGUGAGAAGGCUGAAGGAGGAAGCCAAAGAGACGGCCAGUGGACUUUACUUCACCUUGGAGCCGAUGCCACCCGCGGCCGAGAUUUAUACCAGUCACAUGGUGGACCAGUAUGAGUCCAAACUGCGGGGAUCCAAGUCCUGGACCGAGCCCAACAGUGACCGGGUUGGGCGCAACGGUGGGUACAUGGGCGCGCAGAGGAACCUGACGCUGGGCAACAGGAGGGAGCUGGUGAUAUAUCCCAAGCUGAAGCUGAAGAUCAUGAUCAGGGAUAAACUCAUCAGAGAUGGCAUCAACCUCUCCAAGCCACCAUAUUCUAAUAAGGAUGGUUCUCUGGGCAACAUAGAUGACCUUGCCCAGGAGUACUCUGAGUACUACAACACCUGCUUCAGUGACGUCAGCGACCGCAUGGAGGAGCUACGCAAACGACGAGUCUCCCAAGAGCUUGACAUGGAGAAACAAGACCCAAGCAGCACCUCUCUGCAGCUCCGUAAUGAGAUCCAGGAAUCAUUAGGCUUCAGCAGUGAAGUGUCGACUCCAGAAACGGACAGAAAAAUGCCCCUGCACAAGUCCAGCUCUGAAGAUGGAUCUGGAGGCAAAUGGGACAACAAGAAGAAAAACAAAUCUUUUUGGCAGAACUUCCGCAAGUCUCAGCAUAAACCUGUCAUGCGACAGACAUCCAAAGGAGAGGACAUUGGUUACGUGGCCAGUGAGAUCACCAUGAGCGAUGAAGAGCGAAUCCAGCUGAUGAUGAUGGUGAAAGAGAAGAUGAUCACCGUAGAAGAAGCUCUAGCUCGGCUGAAGGAGUAUGAGCGCAACAGACAGUCCAGCAGUACUGACACUGCAGAGUGGACUGAUGGAUCUGCACCCAAUCUAAACCAGUCCUCAAACUGCAACUCUCGUGAACAGUCAGACGAUGAGCAAUCGGAGGACUCUGUGAAGUUCAAACGGCUUCACAAACUGGUUAAUUCAACACGCCGAGUCAGGAAAAAACUCAUCAAGGUGGAAGAGGGCAAGAAACAUGGCUCUGAAGAUUUCCUGAAUCUGGAGGCACCUCCCACCUGUGAGGACAACACAGCUCUGUACACAGGGGUACUAAAGAAGCCCCCUUUGCCCCAGGAGGCCUCUCUGCCCUCCCUCACCCAGGAUCAACUCUCCCUCGACGGAGACACAGACAGUCUGACCACCUCCCCUUCCUCCAGCAGCUUGGACACCUGGUCCGGACACAAGCUGGUCAAAACCUUCAGUAAGUCUUCCAGUACCCACGGCCUCAUCCGGCCCCCCAGGAGAACCCCGGUCAGCUCUGGUGGCCUGGGAGGUUCCAUCUCCGGCGUUGGAGGUAGUGGCUCUUCCUUCUCGGAGUUGGAUGGCUGUGGAUUGGACGACGAGGGGAAACUGUCACGCUCCACUACCGACAGCGAGAUGCGGAAGGCCCUGGGCUCCAUCUCCCAUGGGGUAAGUAACAACGAGGCCCUCUACGCUUACUAUGGCCUCACCAAACCUCGUCCCAAACCCCAUGCCCAGUCUCGUUUCCUGAUCUCCCUGGAUGACGGUCCACAAGGCAGCCCUAAACACCAAACUGCCAACCGGCACCAUGGCAGCUGGACACACCGGAAACCUGACCCCAACUACGCUUACUCCACCAAGCACCUACUGUACCAGCGCUCGCGCAAUUCCAAGACCCCUGUCUCCCCUCUGUCUGUCACCCCCUCCUCCCCCGCCCGCUGUGAUGUAGCCAAAUCAAAGGGUUUUGGAAGUGGGGGAGGGGGCUGGGUGUUUCCCUCUCGCAGGCUGCGUGGUCGAACAGCAGUCAGUGAGCUGAACAUCACCUAUGUGGUAGAACGGAGCCUGUACGGUCACCUCAACUGGGCCCAGCUGGUCCGCCCAGUUACCCUCAGCCGCGCUGAGCGCCGCUGUCUGUUGGAGGAGGACCGCGAGGCGGACAGGAAGUGGGCGGCCAGUGUGGACCGCUGCACCAAGCGUGUGCUCUUGCGGAUCCAGCAGAAGUCUAGAACGUGCAGCUUCGGAGGCUUUGACCUGUCCAACCGUUCGCUCCAUGUGGUCAACACAGGCUCGGAGGCCAAUAAUAAAGAACAGGAGGCUAUUUACAGAGAAGUGGUGAAGUCCCCCACUACGUCUCGGAUCUCACUGGGCAAGAAGGUCAAGUCGGUCAAGGAGACGAUGAGGAAACGCAUGUCGAAGAAGUACAGCAGCUCCUUGUCUGAGCAGUCCAGUCCGGAUGGAGCCCCCGGUUCCCCUCAGUCCCCUCAGCCUGAAACCGACUCUCUGGAGAAGCCGAAGCUUAAAGCUGGAGGCUCAGUGGAAAGUCUGCGUAGUUCACUCAGCGGACAGAGUUCAAUGAGUGGUCAGACAGUGAGCACCACCGACUCGUCGGCCAGUAACAGAGAAAGUGUGAAGUCGGAGGACGGUGAUGACGAAGAGCCGCCUUACAGAGGACCGUUCUGCGGACGUGCCCGAGUCCACACCGACUUCACCCCCAGCCCCUACGACACAGACUCCCUCAAACUGAAGCGUGGUGAUGUAAUUGACAUCAUCAGUAAGCCACCCAUGGGAACAUGGAUGGGUCUGCUCAACAACAAAGUCGGCACCUUCAAGUUCAUCUACGUGGACGUGCUGAGCGAGGAAGAGGAGAAACCCAAAAGGCCCGUGAGGAGGAGGAGGAAGGGCCGACCACCCAAGCCCACCUCCGUGGAGGAGCUGUUGGAGCGGAUCAACCUCAAGGAGCACAUGCCUACUUUCCUGUUCAACGGCUACGAGGACCUGGACACAUUCAAGUUGCUUGAAGAGGAGGACCUGGAUGAGCUGAACAUCAGAGAUCCUCAGCACAGAGCCGUGUUGCUCACCGCUGUAGAGCUGCUACAAGAGUAUGACAGCAGCAGUGAUCCAGAGCGCAGCGGCCUCUCGGGCUCCCAGGAGAAGCUGCUGUCUGAGGGUCGGGGUCUGGUGGGAGACUCCCCGCGGGACUCCGGUUGCUAUGAGAGCAAUGAGAACCUGGAGAAUGGUAAGAGCAGGAAAGCUUCCCGUUCCAGUCGUUCUUCAGCAGGCCUCCAGUCUCCAGACUACCCUACCCUGCCCAUGACCCUUUCAACAGAGGCUCUGCAACAGAACAGCAAGAACCAACGCACAAAGUUCCCGAAAAGCUUCUUUAUCAAAUCCUCCCUGAAGGGCUUCAACCUGCUGGGGCUGCGCAAAGCCCAAAGACAGUCCCCCAUCCCGGCCAGCCGCAGCUGUGAGGACCUGGAUGGACCCCCACAGCCCACUGGACCCUGGAAACGCUCCCACUCUCUGGGAGAUCUGCACUGGGAGCAGACUUAUGAGCAGAAGAAAGACUUGGGUGAGGAGUUGAAACCCACCAAGGAAGGACUCAAAUCAGGCAACAGUAGCCCUACCAAGGUCCAUAGAGACGACAAUGCCCCACCUCAGAAUGGGCCUCCAACAGUGAGCCCUAAAGGAAGAGCUGAGAGACCGCCCAUACCCUCCCAGCUGCCUCUCCGCCCAACUUGCCCCAUCCCCCAGUCCCCAACUCACCCAGAGCCCCUCUCCAGUCCAACUCCAAGUCCCCCUGAGUCUAGUGGGGAGAGGGUCAUUCGGACUCACCCCAAAAAGCCUCCAGUCCCUCCUCCCGUUCCUGCCAAAAAGUCUAAGGAAAGACUAGCCAAUGGCUUACGUCACCCCCCUCUCUCCCUGCCCUCCUCGCCAUCUCCCACGCCCUCCCCGACCCACUCCCUCACCCGUUCUCACCCAACUAGCCCCAUAAUCCGAAGCAGCAGCAGCAGCCCCAGCGCCCCUGCUCUACCUGCCAAGACCCCGAGCACCCCCGCCAGCCCCUGUGCCACCUCAUCAGCCUCAUCCAUGGGCGAUGAGUCAGGCACUCCCCCAGCAGUCCAGCCUCCUUGGCUCUCAGAUCUUGGGGGCAAGGUGGCUGUUGCAAGAAAAGUUUCCCAUACCAAGAUGAGUCCUGACCUGCUCACCCUGCUGGAACAACGGCUGGAGGCCGAGGGAAUCGAUCUGACUGAGGAACCCUACUCUGACAAGCAUGGUCGUUGUGGGAUCCCUCAGCCGCUGGUGCAGCGUUACUCUGAGGACUUGGAGCAGCCUGUCAAGGACGUGGCCUCCACCAUGGACCAGCUCCGAGUCAAAGAGCUCCGUAAACAACACCGCAUGGCUAUCCCCUCUGGAGGCUUGACAGAGAUGUGCCGAAAGCCUCUGCCCUCAGGUAACAUCAACACGGUCUCUGAUUGGCUCAUCUCCAUCGGCCUGCCCAUGUACGCCACGUCCUUGGCAGCGGCAGGGGUCGACACGCUGAGUCGUGUGGCCUUGUUAACAGAGAGCAGCGUGUGGGAAGCUGGGGUGCGCGAUCAAAGACACGCCCGCCGGCUGGUCAGUGAGGCACGAUUGGUCGGCGCGCACAGAGAGGUGCAGUCCUAACCAUGUUGGAGUCAGCUUGGAUAAACAGGUAUCAACUCACUGGUCAGUACCGUCUCAUUUAAACAUGGUCAGUAGGUGGCCAAAGGCAAAUUGGCCACAGGUCUGAACUACCACGCAGGUGACCACAGCACUACAGUACUUCCUGUCUCGCACGUGUCAAAAGACUGACAGUGAGACACUCUGCUCUCUGAUUUUGUCUCUAUCAUUCUGACUUUUUCUCAAAUGUUUACGGCAUUAAGGAGUUUCUCCUUUCAGCCAAGACAAGAUAUCAGAUGCCUUUUAAAAAAAAGAAAGACUGUAGACUCAUGCUGUGGGAUGACUUCCAUUCUGAAGACACCCCCAAAGUCUUAAAAUAAAGACCUGGAUCUGCCUUUAAGGAAGAUAGCACACUCUUUUGUAGGACGGAUGUUUUGUUUUGUUUUUUUUUUUUUUUUUUUUUUUUUUUUUUUUUUUAAAUACAGAAAGAUGGUUUAUUUCCUGCAUAUUUCAUAAGUGCUCCAUUUUCAUCUUUUGUGGCAAAGCAACAUUAUCUGAGGGUCUUUUAAGGAAGUAUCUCGGCCAAAGUGAUUUCCUUCGCACUCAGCUUCUCAUUCCCACUAAUAGGUUCAUAAUGACGAUGGCAGAGUUCGCUCAGUGUCUGGACUUCUAAUCCACUAAACAAAAAAAAAAAAAAAUUGGUGGUUUUGAGAUGGCUUAUUUUGUAUUAUGUUUCUGUAUUAUAGCAUAAUGCAUAUAUUAAUUUUAAAAUGAUUUAUAUGGUAAAAAUUUGUGUUUUGCCUUUUGAAUGUUGCAGCCUUAUUUUGAGGCCAGCUCUGUCAUUUCUAAGCUGAAACAGCUGACGUCACACCUUUAUAUUUCAUAUUAUAUUCUAUGUCCUAUUUUACCGCGAAUCUUGGAUGCAUAUCCAGCUCCAAUAUGAAUACAAGUCUUACAUAAAGCUCUGUUUUACUCCAGUUAUCCCAGUCAGCUUUCAUAGCAACAAUACAUUCCCUGUGUAUCCAAGGACAUUUUAAGUUGCCUUAAGUGAAUGACUAGCUGGAAGAAAUAGAACUUGUAGUGUUGACUUGAGACUGAACUGUGCUAAAGAUGGACGCCUUUUCUUCGGAAUGUGUCGAGGUCUGAGGAAUAAUUGAGACACAGGUUUUAUGAACUCACACACACACACAGAUCAUAUACAUGGAUGUGGACCACUGAACAUGUUUCUGAGGGAUUGUGGUUUUUUUAUUCCUGGGAAGCUGAGAUGAUAAACCGCAGCACCACAGGAACGACACAGACGUCACCGCAUGUUGAACAUCCCCUCACCCUGUUCAACGCGUUGGCUGGACGUGUUCCAUGCAGAGAGGGGUGGGACAGGGGGACAGGAGGAAAUAAAAGUGUUCCAAAGACACAGCUGGCGUCUGGGCUGUCAUAUCUGGGAUUUAUUGAACUGUCUACACUUUGGUUACAGCGUAGAGAAAUUUGAUUUAUAGCUGGAUAAUAACCAGUUUGGGACUUUUUUGCUACAUUAUACUGUAGCUAUAACUAAUGCCAGUCUGAAAUUCUUGAUUGGACAUUUGCCAAACACAUUGAGGGUAGAUGGAAAGAGCAGUUAUAUCAGGUGAAAAGCUGACCUCCAAGGUUCAGCGUACACUAUGACAGUAAAAAGUCUUGAAAAUCAGGGAAACACUGAGUCGGGUCAGCCUGUUACUUUGGGCCAAAAACUAAACUGAAAACACCCAGAAACUCUUUGAUUUGCAGAAUAUUCCUCUUUUUCUAACAGUAAAGUUCUAUCUUUCAUAGCUAGAACUGAACUGAAGACUUAUUCCAUGGAUUUCAUAUUUAAAUUUGACAAAGUGUUAUUGCUAAAUUGCAAAUUGCUUUUUCUUUUUUUUUCUUUUUUUUUUUUGCAGUGGGCACUUGAUAGAUAGAUAGAUGUUUGAUGCCUUUUUUCUCUUCAAUCAAAGGGGUCCUCUCUGGGAAACUGAGGACAGGGGGUCAUUAUCAAAAAAGUAAAAGACCCAAGAAGUGUUUUGUAAAGAAUGAAAAUACUGACACUGUAAAUGCACUUUAGAGGGUAAAUCUAGCUGUUUUUAUAGGUAAAAUUGGCUACAUUUUGUUCACAGGUCCAUUAAUGGACAUCUGUUGUCAGGUAUUGUAAAGGGUUUUAGUGGGUUAUGCUGGUAUUUUAAUUUAGUAUUGAGUUCCCGAUGCCAAGUUUAAUAACAAUUCACGAGUUAACCUGUUCCAGUUACUUACUUCCAGUUUGUUUUUGCAGUCAAAAAAUUAAUUCUUAAUUACAUAUAUGAAAUGCUUAGCAGAAGUUGCACAUUCUGUAUAUGUAAUUGAUAUUUAAAUAACUUAUUUUUGCUUUUUUUUUCAUAUCAACUGUAAUUAGCUGUACUAUAUGAAUAGCAAUACCUUCCUGCAUAAUGCAUAUUGCUUUAGCCAGUGAGGAACUACAGUAUGUAUUGUAAAAUAUGUGUACAAAUUAUUUUAUUUGGUUUUCAUCUACUUAAUGAUUGUCCAUACAGAUUUGCUUGUGUAUUGAAACAACAAAAGUAAUGUCCAUAACUAUUUGUCAUUCUGAAAUAUAAUAAAAAAACAGUUUCUUGCCAUA